UUCGUCCCUUGACUUGUUCAACGGACCAGAAAAUCGGUUUACUACUCGGCAGAAGGAGAAGGAAAGGCAUCAUGAGGGCUUUCAAUCUGUACAUCUACUCCACGGCCGGCUGGCUAGGAAUGCAAGGCAUAUUACUCGUCACUGUGCCGAGAAUAAUCGUGACUCUGUUGCUAGACGACACAAGGCCUCCUGAAGAAAUCGAAACCUACCUUGCCCGCAGUCUAGGCACGAGUCUCUUGACAAUCAGCCUCUUAACCAUCAUGCUAUCGGGCUCAGUCCCGUUCAGCUCCGCCGUCACAGAACCCACGACGGAGGACGACGCAUUUUCCGACCCCCGAGCCCCCUACAGCAUGCCAACCUUGGUGGUCACGUCGCUUUUCCAUGCUGUCUGCGCUUCCUACGCGUACACGUGGUUCAUAAACACAUCACUGGCGGCUUUUGCGGUGGGAGUGGGUGGGUAUGCGAUCAUUUCGUUCUUGGGAAUCUGGUGUACGCUUUUUGCGGGUUCAUAUAGCAGCAGUAUUGGUACUGGGGUGGAUAAGAGGACGUCUAGCUAUCCGUUUAGAAACACUGAGGCUGACAAGAGGAAGAAGGUGCAUGUUGGUUAAGUUGGAAGCCAAACACAUGCAGGAGUAGGUACCUACUUAGGUAUGGUUGGAGGGGUCUGGACGAGUCAGUAACAUUCCGAGUAUUUUGCGCAACGUUGAUUAUAUACAAAUGAAGUAUAUGACUCUGGAAUGACAAUGAUGGGAAAAGAUCAUGGACUGCGAUGGACAUCGAGUCAAUUUCCGUAUUCGGAAGUCCUGGCGCUUCUUUUUAGUACCAUCACUGUUCAUUCUCAUUCUCUUUCCA